GCCACUUUGGCUGAUUCCGAAUUUCUUUUCCUUGUCUAACUCACAAUUGGAGCAGGAACCGAGCCCAGCCACCAUGGGCGACAUCGCAUCGGAACUGCCCUCCAAGAGAAAGUGUCUCGGAGUCGACUGUGACAAUGAAGCCGGUGCCUUACAGUGUCCGACCUGUUUGAAGUUGGGUAUGAAGGAUAGCUAUUUCUGUUCCCAAGAUUGCUUCAAAAAGAACUGGGCCCAACAUAAGACCGUCCACAAGACGGCUCAAGGCAGGACAGGACUUUAUAAUCCGUUUCCCACCUACUCAUUUACCGGUUCGGUUCGACCGGUCUAUCCACUCUCUCCAAUGCGCACCCUUCCGAAGUCGAUCAGACGCCCUGACUGGUCUGAGACCGGCAUCCCCAAGGGAGAACGGCGCUUGCAUCGGUCGAAGAUUGAAAUUCUCGAUGCCAAGGGACAGGAGGCUAUGCGCAAAGUGUGUCGCUUAGCUCGGGAGGUACUGGAUAUCACGGCAGCAGAGAUCCGGCCGGGCAUUACCACGGAUUACCUGGACGAGAUCUGUCACAAGGCUUGCGUGGAACGGGAUGCCUACCCAUCGCCCUUGAACUAUAAUCACUUCCCUAAAUCGCUAUGUACAUCGCCGAACGAGGUAGUCUGUCACGGGAUUCCGGACCAGCGAAUCCUUCUCGACGGCGAUAUCCUGAAUCUCGACAUCUCAUUGUAUCACGGAGGUUACCACGCUGAUGUGAACGAAACGUAUUACGUGGGCGAUCGAGCCCAGGCAGACCCUGAUUCAGUCCGAGUGGUCGAGACCACCCGAGAGUGCUUGGAUAUGGCAAUCCAGCUUGUGAAGCCCGGCACCCUCUUCCGAGACUUUGGCAAGGUUAUUGAGAAACAUGCCAAGUCCCGAAAUUGUAGCGUCCACGCCACCUGGGGCGGCCAUGGUAUCAACACCGAAUUCCACCCCCCGCCGUGGAUCCCUCAUUAUGCCAACAGUAAGGUGCCCGGGGUGUGCAAACCCGGGAUGGCUUUCACGAUCGAGCCUAUUCUGACGCUGGGGAAACCGCGGGAAAUCUAUUGGCCCGAUGACUGGACUAACGUCACGGUCGAUGGCAAACGGACUGCGCAAUUUGAGCACACCUUGCUGGUCACCGAAACCGGGGUCGAGGUCUUGACUGCGAGAUUGGAAGAUUCUCCAGGAGGACCGAUUCCCAUCCCUACGACCGACAACGGUAAUAGCGCGUAGUCCGCCUCGUCCCCCACGGAUUGAAAGACGCAGUAGGGCACAGGAUGAUCAGUCAGAUAGAACGGAUGAAGCAAGUGAUGUUCAAGGCACGGCAGGACGUAGGCUAGAUUGAAUUACAUGUUAGGAAAUCCUCAGGGCGUAGGACCGGUGCCAACAUGGUUGCAAGGCAUGUGGGAGUGACAUGACCAGCCGUUAGUUGCAUUCUCAUGUGAGCUGGGGUUUAAUCCGCACGCUCU